AGAGAGAGAGAGAGAGAGAGAGGCGCGGAGCUCAACAUCAUCAGGCGCAAUAACGGCUUAAUCAUUCCUCACCGUGGACGACCGACACCAACCUCAGCAUCUUAAACGCUUUAUUAGACACAAGAAAAGAAACACGCAUUAAGAAAACGACACUUUUCCUGUGGUGCUGGUGAUUUUUGGUGGAUUUUAAGUGUGAAGCGGUGAAGUCCACCCGGCGGCUCAACACCUUCCGUCACACCGCAGGACAAACUUCACCGGACACACUUCAGACGCACCAUGAAGUACAGCUACUGGAAUCUUUGAAUUGAGUGGAGGAAGUCGAGAGAAGAAAGCCUGGUUUGAAGAAAAAGCAAGCAAAAACAGAGGGACGAAAGAAUAAGUUCAUUAGAGAAAGAGAGAAACGAAAAGACGGGGACAAUGGGGAGGAAAAAGAUUCAGAUCACACGGAUUAUGGAUGAACGCAACAGACAGGUGACGUUUACAAAGAGAAAGUUUGGCCUGAUGAAGAAAGCCUAUGAGCUGAGCGUGUUGUGUGACUGUGAGAUUGCCCUCAUCAUCUUCAACAGUACUAACAAGCUGUUCCAGUAUGCCAGCACAGAUAUGGACAAAGUGUUGCUCAAAUACACUGAGUACAAUGAGCCACAUGAGAGCAGGACCAACUCUGACAUUGUUGAGACCCUGAGAAAGAAGGGUCUAAAUGGCUGUGACAGCCCAGACCCCGACGCAGACGACUCGGUGGGCCAUAGCCCAGAGUCAGAGGACAAGUACCGUAAAAUCAACGAAGACAUUGAUCUGCACAUGAUCAGCAGACAGAGGAUAUGUGCUGUGCCCUCUUCCACCUACGAGAUGCCCAUCCCCGUGAAUAACCAGAUAUACCCAGGCAAUCAUAACCUGCUUCCUCUGUUUGAUGUACUUCAUUUGGUUCUCUUGUGUCUAACGUCUUUUUCCCUCCCUUUCUGUCUCGCAUUAGGAAAUGGCUAUGGAAACCACCGUAACUCUCCAGGACUUCUGGUCUCCUCCGGAGGCAUGAACAAGAGCAUGCAGGCCAAGUCCCCUCCACCAGUGAACCUGGGGAUGAACAGCCGUAAACCUGACCUACGAGUUCUCAUCCCACCCGGGGCCAAGAACAACAUGCCCUCUAUUUCUGAGGAUAUUGACCUUCUAUUGAAUCAGAGAAUAAACAACUCUCAGUCCGCGCAGUCACUGGCGACCCCCGUGGUUUCUGUAGCGACGCCUACUCUACCAGGACAGGGAAUGGGCGGCUACCCAUCAGCCAUUUCCACCUCAUAUGGUACUGGUAGGUAG